AAUCCCUAUAUCCGCAUUUAAUACGAUUUUUUAGAUAUUACAGAAAUUGUACAUAUAAAUAUAUAUGUAUAUACACAUAUCUAUCCCUUAUUUGCAUAUGCAUAAUGUCAGUUAAGUGAAAGCAAACUUAUUUCACAGCACAUCAAAUUCACUUGCGUUUUCGUUUCUGGAUACAUUGUAGCUAGUAGACGGAUUCUAGUUACUUUCUACAAGCUAUAAUAUCACUAGGAAUCCAAAACGAAGCGGACAUACAGAAUCGUGUGGGUACUACAUUGGUAAUGAAAAAAUUUUGUUUGACCACUCUUUUUGGAUAUCUCGUUUAUUGAUUGGUUGAAAAUUUUUAACAUUUUUUAAAAUACUUCUGUUUAUACUUUCAUAUAACGAUCCUUGAUGUUACUUCAUAUGAUCUUCCGCCAAUGUUGCAAGCACCGUGACGAACUCGUAGUCCUUGAAAUGAAAUCGAUCGAGGCCGAUCGAUGUACGUACAUACAUCCAAACACAUAUGUACCGGGUAUCAAAAAUGUAUCAUUUCUCCAUUCGAGCACGAGUACGCGAGUUAAUCGCAGGUACUUCUUUAGCCACUCUGUAUAACGCUAAAUUUUGGAUUUCUUGUAAAUCGACAACACCGAUCAUUGUAUGUACGGUUAGCAUUGCACUGGCACAAUUUUCCAAUGAGGAUAUAGAUGCGCAACCACAGAGAGCAUUAGGUCAAGGGUCAACAGGUCCCGGAAGACCAGGAAGGCUCCAAAGGUUACAAGCUGGUCGACUGCAACCUAAUGCACAACCUGUCCUAGGAAAUCAACGUGUUCGUCGUCCACUAGCAUUUAGACCUCGGCAAAGUGCCAGUGAAGAACCGGAAAUUCCAGCCUUCCCAGGAGUCCGAGGACCUCGUCCAGGCCCAAGUGGUAUUGACAACGAAAAUCCGAUUCCUUUAGUGCGUCCAUUGCAAUCAGCACCACCUACGCCACAACAGGUGAAACCAGUCAAUGAGGAAAGUGAAGAGGAUGACAAUGUUGCUCAAGUCAUUGCAAAUCUUGGUGCCGUUUCCAACAUCGGACAUCAAUCCGGAGAGAUCUUCUCGACAUUGGCACCACAGGCACAGCCAGCACCUGUACAGUAUAGACCUAGUCUGCCCGUAGCACGACCUGCACCACUGCCGGAGCAGAGUAUCACUCCUGUGCAAUACAGGCCUCAGAAACCAGUGAGGCCCAAGAAACCCAUUGAGGAUUUGGAAAUACGCGCGCCGAUUAAGCAGCAGAGAGUACAGCAGACCCAACCUAGGCCAGUGGCCCAGGAUAACUAUGAACCUCGUGAAAAGAAGCCAGUUGCACAGGUUAUCAGACGUUACCGUGAAGACAAUCCUGACGGUUCCAUCACGUGGGGAUUUGAGAAUGAUGAUGGCUCUUACAAGGAGGAAUUAAUCGGUGUUGAUUGCAUAACUCGUGGCAAGUAUGGAUACAUCGAUCCGGAUGGCAUGCGUCGAGAAUACACAUACGAGACUGGAAUAAGGUGCAGCGAACAGCAGCAAGAGGAUGAUAAACAAAAUGGCUUCGUGGAUUAUCAGGAGAAUAAAUUGGUACUACCUGGUGGACAGACAAUAGACCUGUCCAGUAUGGGAAAGAAACAAACUCGUCGGCCACAACCAUAUAGAAAUUAAUUCUUUUUUCUUUUUACCGGGCCCAGGCCUGUUUACAUUACAUUCAGUGACUUACGAUGUAUUAAAGCUCCGUACUGCCUUGUGAUUAUACUUUGCAUCUUUGGCGGACGCCAUAUUAAAUUAUGGUGAACAAUUAA